AUGGCUGCGGAAGGUGAUGCCGCGGUAGAGGUGUUGCAGGCGAUAUUCAACUUCAUCCACAGCCCCAGCUACGAGGCCUCCAAGGUGCAGGGCGGCCCGGCCCCAAGUCCGGAGCGCAGCGCGGGGCCGCCGGCUCGGGACCGCGGGUACGAUGCCUCUACCAGCGGCCAGCCCGAUUACGUGCCCCUCCCCGUGCAGUACGACCAUCAGCAGCAGCAGCAGCAGCAGCAACAUGGCCAGCUGCCUGGUGCAAUGUACUUUGGCGGCGGAGGCGCCAACAGGAGCCCGGCAGCUGUCGGUGGAGGCAGCGGACAGGCGGACUACACGCCCAUGUCCAUGCUCAUGCAGCAAGGCGGUGGCAGCCCAGCCAUGUACCAGCACGUCGCCAUGGGACUGCAACAACAACAACAACAACAGCAAGGGAAUGGCUAUGGCAGCUACGCGCAAGCGCAGGCGCAGUAUUCAGGCCAGGGGCCCGUGGUCGGUGGCGGCGGUUACGGGUACGGGUACAGUGGCGGGUACGGUUACCCAGCGCCACCAGCAGGCAUGGAACCUGCGGGCGGAUAUGCGGCGCAGAUGCAGCAGCCGCAACAUCAGCCGUCGGGGCCAGCGCCGGGGCGGUCAAUCUCGCCUGGGAGGGGAGGCCCAAGGCAGCAGCCGCCAGCGGCAGUGGCACCUGCGGCACCGGCAGGGAUGGCUAUGGCGGGGGCGAUGCCCGUGGCGGCUGGCGGGGGCUAUGCGGCUGCGUAUGCGUUGGCUUAUGCGGAGCAGGUGCGGCAACAGGCGGUGGCGGCGGGGUAUAGCCCCGACCAGCAACAGCUGGUGUAUCAGCAAGCACUCUACCAGUACCAGCAACAGCAACAGCAGGCCAUGGCAGCGGCGAUGGGCGCUGCAGCAGCAGGAGCACCGGCUGGGGCACCCGCAGGCGCCAACGGCGGGGGCUCCCCGACCUCACCGGAACGGGAAGGCCUGCCGUACAGCCGGAAGCCGCGGCCUGUCGAGUUUAAGCCCUACGACAUCAAGGACUUUGAGGAGAAGGAGUACAACGUGAAGGCGGGUCGGGGCUACUGGCAAUUGGGCAAGCUGGGGCCCGAUUUGGAGACGGAGGAGCUGCAGGCCAAGCGAGAGGCCAAGGAACGUAUCAAGAAAAUGGCGGAACAGGUGCGUGAGGACAACGCCCGGAGAGCCAACAGCCGCGCAAGGCAACGAUCCGGUCCAGACGGAUCAGCGGCAGCUGCUGGACCGGGUGCGGGACCCAGCAGCGGGGCUGCCGCCGGGGGGGGCCUCGGUGCUGGUCCCAUUAGUCCGGCGCCUCGGGAGCCAAAGGACAAGGACAAGGAGCUUAGUGCACGGGAGAGGGCGUUGCAGUUCGCCAAGAACAUCCCAAAGCCAGAGCCCAAACCGAAGAAGCAGACGGCGGCGUCGCAGUCUGGGGAGGCGGCUGAGGAGGGUCCCCCGGUGCUGAGCGAGCUGGAGCUGCUGGAGAAGCAGCACCAGGAGCGGCAGCAGCAGGUGGAUAAGAUCAGAGCAGAGCUGGCGAGGAUUCUUUAA